UUGAGUGAGACAGAUUUCGGCUCAGAGUGGGGUCGUGCUCGUAGCAGUACGUGCCUCGUGGACGAUACGAUACGAUACGAUAUUGUAAUCGAGGAGGGAUGAAAAGUGUAAAAAGGUGGGGGUUUAUUCUCCUAAGCAGGCACAAUCGACGCCCGGCAGGUAAACGAGAACACUAGUGGGGCUGACUCACGCGUAUCUGCCUCGCCGAGCUUAGAUUUGCUCGACCCCACAUUUUUUUAACACUUAUAACUAAAUUUUUCAAAAAUUUUUUUUUUUACCAAAAAUUUGAAUUUUUUUUUUUUGCCAAGUGUUCGCUCUCAGUGUUUUUAAGUGUUCCCAGUAAUAAGGAACUCGAGGAUUUACAAAGUGAAAGUGGAAAAAUUUUUAAAUUUUAUAUUCCAAGUGAUUGUUUGCUUCUGUGUUUAAAAAAAUUUUUUUUUUAUUUUCAAGGAGAAAUUUCAGAAAAAAAUUUUUAUUUCAAAAUUUUAAAAUUAUCACUUUAAGUGUUUUAAGUGUCCUAUAAUAUUUUAAAAAAUUUUAAUAAAUACGAUUGUUAAAAAAAUGGAACGAAGUCAAAAUUUGAAAAAAUUGUUAAAUUUUUGAAAAAUUCCAUUAAGUGUGAUUAAGUGUCCUGCGAGAUAAACCGAUUUUUUUCGAAUUUUCAGUCAAUACACCAAAAAUAUAUGAGAAAUAUGACCGUAGAUUUUGAAAUUUCAAAUUUGGAGCCAAAAAAAAUUUUUAAGUGUCCAGUGUCUUAUUAAAAAAUUUUUUCAAAAAUUGACUGAAUGUUUGGUCGAAAUUAAAAUGGAUUUCGAGUGAUCAAGUGGAAAAAUGUAAUUUUGAAAUAAACAGUUAACACUUGAGAGAACAGUUAAAUUUUCUCUUAAGUGCUCACUUGAUUUGAAAUAAAAAAUUAAAAAUGGUGACUAUGCAUUUUGAAUUUGGAUUUAAGUGCCAGCGAUAACGUAAAUUUAAUAUGUUAUAGUGUGAUAUGUUUAAAUGUUUUUGUAUUUAUAUAUUUAUAUAUUGAUAUAUAUGUAUAUGUAUAUAAUUAUAUAUGCAUGGUAAAAUAUAUGAGUGUGUGUUAAGGAUAUGCGGUUAAGAUAUUAAGGAUAUUAAGGAUAUUUCCUUAAUAUAAAGUGGCCAGUUGGUCAUUUUAGUGGAUGUGAGGAUUUUGAAAAGCAGACACGAAGGCCAGCCCGACGCAAUGCGUCGACGCUGCUGACGCAACGCGCCUGGAUGCGUCUCACUUUAAACACGUUACCACAGCUUGCCGUCUUAGCGAAGAUUUUGUGCCUACUGAUGGUGGUGAUGUGCGGGGCGGUGCCGGCAAUGGUGCGCUCCGUGAGUCUCUACUCGACUUGCAGCAGCGGCAAUAUUACGGUGAUUGGACGCACAGUUAAAGCAUCAGCGCGUGAUGAUGAUAAUGCACCAUUUCAAAAACUUACAACGCAAUCGGAUGACUUCAGUAGGAAGUUGUACAUCUUCGCUGAAAAAUCGCAACGGUUUAUUUGUUUUAAUAAACGUUGGAAACCAAUUGCAUUGCCUAAAAAACAACGUGACGAAAUGUGCCAGUUUUACGAAACAUACAACGGGCCCUACUUGAGGUACCGCAGCGCCGUCGACGAGACAAAAUACCUCGGGUUUAAUAAAUUCGGUAAACCAAUAAAAGGACAACGUGCUCGAGCCGAAUGCUACAAUUUCAUGAAAUACAAUCCCAGCUUCAGUAUCAACGACCACAACGACUGGAUGACUGGCAACACGCGCGUCCGCGAAGUUCACAGAAAGCAUCAUAAUCAUCACAACAACAACAGCAACGACAGUCAAGAACAACAGGACCAGCAGCCCCAACAACCGCGAAAUAAACCGCGAGCAGAGAAAAACCGUAAAUCCCAUGAGCAAAAAUCACUAAAACAAAAUUUACCGCGACGGCAAAUCGCGCCCUUACUUACCGACACCGAGCGACUAAAUCAACAAUUAGAAAUAGAUCAUUACCCUCAGCACGAUAUGUCGCGACCUCUCGACUUGUUUGAAAAAAAUCCCGAUCAAUUUCUACGGGCCGAUCCCAUAGCCUUCGAUCUCGAUCCCCAGGAGUUUCUGCUCGAGAGACAGAAGAAAUUUCUCUUAGAGCGGGAUACCAUAACCUAUCAGCGAAAAAAAAAUCCCCACCGCGAGGUGUCGCGACACGCGGGCCGUAAAAAAAAUCAUCUCCAAGACUCGGCGAGUCCCGAGCAGAGCCAUCGCCAUCGACAUACGAGUCGUGUGAAAUCGGGCGAGCCGACGCGCAGUAGACGGCAUCGUGUUCUACUUAAUGCGACCAAGUAUUAAUUUUUUUUUUUUUUUAAAUUAAUUUUUUAUUAUUAUUAAUUAUUAAUUAUUAUUAAAUAUGAUCAAGACUGCCUCUUUUUUUUAUAAAUCCGAAGUGCCGGUUUCACACGCAAAUUUUAUUAGGUUUUUUUUUUUUUAUUUAAGUAUUUACGCAAUAAAGCCUCGUAGUUUUUUUAGAAUGUAAUUGUUGUGAGUGAUUUUAUGUCGCUGAGCGUGUAUUCGUGCUGAUUAUUACGUAAUAAGAGCUUUUUUUGCAUUAAAAUUGAUGAUUUUUUUGGUCACGACAAAAUGGCGGCGUCAGUAUAAAUUAAAAUGGCGCCGGUUGUUUGAAAAUAAUUGGCGGGAAUUUUUAAAUUUAAAUGGCGGGAAUUUUGAAAUUUAAAAUUUGAAUCGCGCGAACUUUGAAAAAUUUAAAUAGCGCGAAAUUCAAAAUUUGAAAAAUUCGAAUGGCGCGAAAUUUUAAAAAAUUUAAAAGGCGCGAAAUUUAAAUGCAAAAAAAGUUUUUCCCAAAGUAUUUUUUAUUCAUUUUUCUAUUGACGAAUGAAUUUUGUCAUUAAAUAAAUAAAUGAUGUGAGUGAUUUUUUAGUACGAUUGUGUGUAAAAUAUUAAUUAAUUAAUUAAUUAUUAUUAACCUUUAUUAUUAAUAUUAUUAUUAAUUUUAAAUAAUAAUAAUAAUAAUUAUUAUUAUUAUUAUAAAAUGUAAUUUUAUGAAGUUGAAGUUUAAAUAAUAAAUAAUAAAAGCUAAUGCAGACUGUAUUACUAGAUUUUAGUGUUUAGGUGGCGACUCAACGAGAAAAUCGCUUUUUUUAUCUGGUCAAACAAAAACGGAAUUUUUUUUUUUUUCCAAAGUUAAAUUUUUUUUUUUUGUGGGUCAUGAGGGUACUCUUUCGACCGGAAAUUUGCUCCUCUACAAUUUUGGUCCUUAUAAAAAUUACUCUAGAGUCAAUAGUUUCUGAGUUAGAAACUUGGGUCAUAGUUUUAAGAUUCACAGGAGAAUAAAAGUGAGAUUUCUGGGUAAACCGUCAGUCGCAUUGAAAUUUUUAUAAGGAGCAAAGUUGUAGAGGAGAAAAUUUCCGGAAGAAUGAGUACCAACAAGAUAUACUUUUGAUAAAUAUAAAUAUAUGAAAUAUAUGAAAAAAAUUUAGUUACCGAUAAAAUUUCGGUUUUUUUUUACAAAACGUAUAGAACUACAGAUAAUAAAAUUUAAUUUUAUUAAAAACCUGAAAAAAAUGAAAUUCCGUUUAUAAUAAAAUGGCGUAGUUAAAAAUAAAAUUUAUUUAAAAAAAAUAAUAAAUAAAAAUUAACGACUGGGCUUCGCGAUGUAACAUGUAUGCUGUAGUGAGAAGUAAUUAAAUAAAUAGUUAUUACUAACUGACUAUUCUUAAUAAAUAUUAUUAUUAUAAUAAAAUAAUAAAUAAAAAAAUAUUUAAAAAAAAUAAAAAAAAAACGUAAUUCGACGCUUAUUAUUUAAUAACGGACAACUAAUAUAAUGUGUAAUUGUAACAAUGGUAUUAUACGCCACCCUGAACAACAAAAUAUAUAAUAAUAAUGAUAAUAAAAUAAACUCAUUUUUUGUAUGUCGCUCCGAUUUUUAUUUCAAAGUCGGCAGUUGUAUUAAAUUAAAAAUAUAUAUAAUAAAAACAAAAUAUAUAAAUAUAUAUAAAUAAAAAUAUAAAUAUAAAUAAUCUCAAGAGGCCUGAAAUAAUUAAAAAAAAAAUUGUUGACGAUUUUUAUCGAAUUUUAAAAUCGUCUAUAAACAAACGGGGGUAAGUAGGUCAUGUUGGUACUCUUUCCACCGGAAAUUAACUCCUCUACAAUUUUGGUCCUCAUGAAAAUUUCUCUAGACUCAAUAGUUUCCGAGUUAGAAACUCGGGUCACGGUUUCCGGAUUCACAGGAGAGUGAAGGUGACGUUUCUGGGUAAACCGUUAGUCUGAUCGAAAUUUUUAUGAGGAGCAAAGUUGUAGAGGAGAAAAUUUCCGGAAGAAUGAGUACCAACAAGACAUACUUUUGGUGAAUAUUUAUAUGAAUGAGAAAAAAAAGUUUUGAUAAAAUUUUGAAAAUUUAAACGUGGACUAAAAAAAAAUAAUCUGACUACCCUUAGAUAGAAAAUAACAUUGAAAACAAUAAUUUCAUUAAUAUUAAUUAUUAAUAAAAAAAAUAAAAUAUAAAUAUAUGAAAUAUAUAAAAGAUGUGUAUUGUAAGAUAUUUAAUACUUAAUUAGGCACACAAAAUAAUAAUUAAUUAAUAUUAAUAUAAAUAAAAUUCAUGUUAAUGUUAAUGGACGUACUCAGUUAAUUGACAAUAAAAAUAUAUAUUAAAAUUGUAUUAUUUAUUAAUUAAUUAAAAAAAAAAAUAAAUAAAUAAAUCGGCCAGUUACUUAUAAAUAUUUUCAUUAUUUAUUAUUUUUAAUUUAACUAUUUUUUUUAAUCAAUUUGUUGUUGAGUUGACGGUACGUCCAAGGACUAGCAAUAAUUAAUAAAUAAAUAAAUAAAAUAAAAUAAAUAAAUGAAUUUAAAAAAUAAAAAAAUCUACAUUCCAAAAUAAUUAAAAAAAUUAUUUAUAAUAAUAAUAAUAAUAAUUAAAUGAUGAUGGAAAUAAAAUUAAGUGUGCCGCUAUUAUAUUUAAAUAUAUAAAUAU